AUGGAACUGCAGUCAACAACAGUUGCUCUUGCACAGCUUAAUGCAUUGAAGAGCGCUGGGAGUAGAUACGACCCUGCAGAUCAUGAAAUUGAUUUGCAAGCAAUUAGAUCACAGCCAUUUUCUAUAAAUGAAGUCGGUUUGGAAUUCAGUCACUUCCAAAAGAACUUAAUUCUCAAAAAGUUGAAUUUUGAUGCCUUGGAUGAUUUAGAAGACUUGCCUGCUGCUGCUAUCUUUAUGUUUGAGAAGAUACAAAACUUACAACUAGACGACGCUAUCGAAAUUUUACUGGAAACACUUAUAAUUCAUAGAGAAGAUCCAAAUUUCCUGCUAGAAAAUUAUGAGUUCAUUGAGAAAUUGGUAUCAUACGACGGCCCUAAAAACGAUCAAAGUAUCGAUAAUGUAAUAGAAGCAGCUACUGAAGAAAAGGAGAAUUCACCUCCAGGAUUCGACAAGAAUGCUCUGUCUUCCAUUCUAGAACAGGAAAGUGUGACUUUCAAGCAGCAUGGCCCUUAUGUAAUCGUGGACUGGGAGUUACAAAUUAGAUUGGAAGCCGCCGUCAUUUCAUACUGGUCUCCAUACCCUGAAAUUAGAGCUGUAACUGAUCCAUUUGAUGACCCUUCCAUGCCAUGUGAAACAUUCAGAGCAUACCUUUGUGCUCUCAUUUGGACUGUAAUUGGAUCUUUUGUUAAUGAGUUUUUCUAUCAUAGAAAUCCUCCAAUCUCUCUAGAUACUGCGGUUAUCCAAUUGUUCUUGUAUCCAUCAGGUAAAUUGUGUGAGUUCAUCUUUCCUAAAUGGGGAUUCACAAUUCCAUUACCUUAUAUGGAUAACAUUGAAUUCGAGUUAAACCCCGGUCCUUGGUCAACAAAAGAGCAACAGUUUGCUUCGAUCUUUUAUGCUGUGUCUGCUGUUACUCCAUACGUCGACUCCAAUAUUUAUGUACAAAAAUUAAAGAUCUUCUACGGUGAUACGUGGGUCACUUUUGGUUUCCAAGUCUUACUUAUUUUGUCAACUCAGUUUAUAGGGUUUGGUCUUGCAGGUUUAUUGAGAAAGUUUACAAUCUAUCCUGUGAAAGCAAUGUGGCCUACUAUUUUACCCACGUUGGCGUUGAACAGAGCUUUGGUGAACCCUGAAAGGAAGGAAAACAUUUAUGGUUGGACUAUUUCAAGGUAUAAAUUUUUCUUCAUAUGUGCAGCUUCUUCCUUUGUAUGGUAUUGGUUUCCAGACUUCAUAUUCCAAGCAUUAUCAACUUUCAACUGGAUGUGCUGGAUCAAACCAUAUAAUUUCAAUUUAGCAAAUAUCACUGGUAGUGGAAUUGGAAUGGGUUUAAAUCCCAUCACAACUUUCGAUUGGAAUAUCAUCAACUUUAAUGGUGCCUUAGCAGUUCCAUGGUUUUCACAAUUCAAUCAAUAUAUUGGAAGUGUUAUUGGAUUCUGUGCGAUUGUUGCUGUGUAUUACAGCAACAAAUGGUGGACGGCUUAUUUACCAAUAAAUUCCAAUCACUUGUUCACUAACACAGGUGAUGACUAUGAUACUUCCCAAGUAAUCGGUCCUAAUAACGAUUUGGAUGAAGAUUUGUAUAAGGCAUAUGGACCAGCUUACUUUUCUGCUGCAAAUAUUGUGGUUUAUGCCAGUUAUUUCAUGCUUUAUCUCUUCGGAUUUUUCUAUCAAAUUAUAAUUGACUGGAGAGCGAUGUAUGCGUCUAUGAAAGAUCUAGUAAUGGGAUUUAGAGACUUUAAGAAGCCAAUUUAUGAAAGCUUUACCGAUCCUCAUUCGAGAAUGAUGAGUAAAUACAAAGAAGUUCCUGACUGGGUCUAUCUUGUUGUGUUAUUGAUCUCUUUCGUGUUGGGUAUACUUUGUGUUGAGUUGUUUCCAACUCAAACUCCAGUCUGGGGUAUAGUAUUUGCAGUGGUGUUGAAUUUCGUGUUUUUGGUUCCAAUUACUUCGUUAUUUGCAACAACUGGAUUUCAAUUUGGUUUGAAUGUAUUGGUCGAAAUUUGUGUUGGUUACAUGUUCCCAGGUAAAUACUUACCCUUAAUAACAUUAAAGGCUUUUGGCUACAACACCGGUGGUCAAUCUUUGGCCCUUAUUGAAGAUAUGAAAUCGUCUCAUUAUGUAAAGAUCCCACCAAGAGCAUUGUUCAGAGGUCAAAUGAUUUCUACAUUCGUAUGUGCUUUCAUGACUUUGGCCACCAUCAGCUUUGAGACUGGUGGGGGUGUCAAAGACCUUUGCGAUCCUCAUCAAAAGAAUGGUUUCUCAUGUCCCCAAGAUGUGAUUUAUUACUCAGCUUCAAUCCAAUAUGGUUUAAUUGGGCCAAAACGAUUCUUUGAUGAAGAAUAUCCAAUCUUGAGGUGGUGUUUUCUAAUCGGGUUCUUAUUAGUCCCUGUCGCUGUUGCCAUUAAGUGGUAUGGUCCAAAGUGGCUAUCCAAGGGGUUUCAGCCUUCUGCGAUGAUCGGCGGUGUGAUGAUCUAUGCUCCUUAUAACUUGGCUUACUACACCCCUGGACUUUAUGCUUCGUUCGCUUUCAUGUAUCUCAUUAAGAAGAAGUACACUAAAUGGUGGGAGAAAUAUAAUUACGUAUUGUCGGGAGCAUUACAGUCGGGAGUCGCAUUUAGUGCCGUCAUUAUAUUUUUUAGUUGUCAGUAUACUAACGUCGUAAUUGAUUGGUGGGGCAACAAUGUACCGUUUGCUGGUAUAGAUGGAGGUAAUGGGCAACAAUCGCUAAAGAAUGCUACCACGGAUGCUCCUGACGGGUACUUUGGAAAUAGAUGGGGAACAUUCAGUUAG